AUGGGCCCAAAGAGUGCCUCCAGCCCAAACGCCGUGCGUGGUGCCACUGCCGCUAGCACGCCGAAGAGAGAAGCAGCCAAACCGGAGAAGACUGCGAAGAUUGGUUCGCCUGGAUUGCCUGGUUUGAAAGCAAUAAAGACCACACUAACGUCUGAGGCAUCCCCUCAGGAUCGACAAGCCGAUGCAGAGCUUCUUCGCCAUGUUUUGUACGCCUUGCGGCUGCGAAUGAGAAUGGCAAGGGCAGUGACAGCCGAUGCGCAGACAAAGACGCAGAGCGCAGAGACGCUCCAAGCGGUGGUGCGGAUGUUUCUGGCCCGAUCAGAGAUGCUCUCUGAGGUUGCUGCACCGUGGCAGCCCGCACUCCAAGUGUUGUCACGGCGGGCCGAGCUGGAUGCGCAGAAGGGGGUCUCAGCAGUGGUGAAGGCCAUUGCAUGCCGCCAAGCGCUGGCCACUUCCGCCAUUGAGCAGGCGACCGGACGCCUCCAAGCCCAGCGGCGGGCUUGCGUAGCACAACGUGAGGUGCAGGUCAUCAAGGACGAGAGGUUCCUCCUGUCCAUUUUCAACAACGUACUGAUAAGGCAAAGGCUGAGUGAGCUUGUAUCUUCCAAUGCGGCGCAGACACUUCAGCAAGGACGUCGGUGCCAAGUGUCCCGAAGGGAAUUGGCAAGCAGGCAGCAGGAGCGACAGGACUCUUUGCUGGUGUGGGGACUGCUCCGUACCAUGCAGCUGCGCAUCGCCAAAGCUCACUUUGCAGCUGCAGACUCUGCCGUGAAGUUGCAAACUCUUCGACGCGGAAAAGUGGCGACACAUGAAGUGACCAGGAUGCGCGAAGAAGCUGAGGACUUUUCGGUGCUGGCACGGACCCUCCGCUGCUUGGUGCUGCGGAUCCGCUAUGCCAGCUUCGAAGAGGGGAAGGCCGCCUUGAAGCUUCAGCGAGCUGGCAAGGAACACUGA